AUGCGAGCAAACUUCUCACAAGCAAUAGAAGAUGAUUUCUUUGAAGAACAUUAUAUCAACCCCGACUCUGCCAUUAGACUACCAUGGCAAUGGAGAAUGGUAGACCCCGGGCAAGUCGAUCAUCUUCAUGACUGGCAGAUUGCUACUGGUCUUGCUAGACGGUUCCGCUCAUUCGGCAAGCAGGCCUUUUUCAGAUCCAAGACUUUUUCCAUGAGCCCUGGCUUCUGCGAGCGUCUCAAAAACAAUGGUAUCAGAAACUUCAGCUACAUGAACACUUCGAUGGCUCUGAAAAACAUUGAAUCCAUUGUUUUCGUUGGCUACUGGGAUGUUGGCUGGCGAAACUUGCUUCAAUUGCCUGAACGUCUGGAAGGGUUCACCCGGCUGAAGCGGCUUGAUCACAUCUUUGGCAACCGUCAGUCCUCUUACUCUCCGUUUGACUUGAUGGUGCGGUCUACGAGCAUUCGAAGGCAAGUUCCUGAGGAGCUUCUGGGGCUCUUCCGCCGGAUUGGGGUGAAGGUUGAUGAUCUGGACAUGGGUAUUAUCGAUGGCUCACCUACUCUUGCUUGUCGCAAUGAAAUCUAUCACCGCCACUCAGAGCUUAUGCAGCAGUUGAGGAAGUGGGCAAGGGAGCCAAAUGCAUAUGAAAGGAGCGCCAAACAGAGCGGACUGCGGUUUCUAGGAUCUGAUCUCAAUUCUGGUUCCUGA